AUGAGCGACAAUGAUAGCUACGAUGGACGGUCUAGAAAGGAGCUAGCAGCAGAUCGAGAAGUUAUCAAAACUGCUAACGAGCUGCUUAACUCUCUGGAGCAAUCGCACAGGUCGGAUUUAACUCUACAUCUUUACUCAUCAUAUCUUCUGAAAACACUCCUUUACAGGGCCAAUGACAGGAGACAUCCUUUAGAGGUAGAUCAAUUUGUGAAGACUCAGAUUAGAGACAAUUGGACGAGUUGGCCUGAUCCGAAAACUGUAGUCAAUCCACAAACGGACACAUUAUAUGAAGAUUCCUUCAAUGGCGGGAAACAGGAAAAUGGUGUCGACCCGGGAGAGAUUUCCCCUAGGGCUCUGGCUCGUUCUACAAAUAUGCUGAACGUAGAGCUGGACUCUCACUGGCAGCAUUGUUUGGCCCAGUCAUCUGCUACCUCGGGCCUCGCAUUGGACGUAGACAAGAUGGCUAUACCGAGCCAUCUUACUGACCAUAUACUGGGUAAACUAGAUCAUCUGUUCAGUGGUCUGCAUAACAAAGUAGCCGCAAAGAACAAAAUAGAUAUUCAACAAGGUCAGUCCUCGCAGACAUUGACUGUGUCCCAAAUGCAGCACGAGACGGUUAAAGCGAAUAAGCGUGUCGAAUUUACCUAUCAUGACAUAAUAGCAAGAGGUUGCGAGAUGGGCGAGGAUAUGGUGGAAAUUUACAUGAAGUCUCUCGAGCUUUUCAAUGACAUCCCAUCUACGUUCGAUAAAUCACAGUUCAAACUGCCCAAAUCUUGCUUAAAGCAUCAAAGGCCAGUAUCUCUGGGGAAAUCUGGGUUAGAAGUGGUAAUGCGUUCCAAAGAACAGUAUUUAGAGCUGGGGAAGCUACUGAAAGAUAAAAGAUUGUCGGCAAAGGAUAAAAGUCAAUUGAAAAAGGUGGCAAAGAAGUCCGUCUAUCAAAACUUAGGUAAGAAGACCUUUUUCAAUGUUCAAUCUUACAGAUCAAUUGAGCAAGAUGUGAAAGAUGAUGGCGCCGACGAUGAUUCUUACAACUUGAAUGACUGUUUUGCCAAAAUUCCGAGGUUGAAAAGAUGA